AAUUGCCUAGCAACGAAUGUGGAUCUUGUGUAGAUAGUAGAGCAACGACAGCUGCUUUGUUUUUAGUGUGAGCGAAAAAUUCAACAAAUAAACAAAAAUGAUUCCACCGAACGCAUCUCUCGUGAAAUAUGACAAUCCAGUAUUGGUCAGCAGAAAUACUGACAAAAAAACACCAAGGGCUAAAGCUCUGAAGGCCAGCCCAACACCACCCUCAGCAACUGGGCCUGUUCCAGCACCUCCCAAACACAGCAAAGGAGGUGCAAUGGACUCCAAAGCCGCCCAACAGACUGAUGAAAUUUUAAAUUCAAUCCUGCCACCUAGAGAAUGGACAGAAAGUGGUCAGCUGUGGGUACAACAAGUGUCCAGCACUCCAGCGACCAGAUUAGAUGUUGUAAACCUUCAAGAGGAGCUAGAUAGAAGGCUACAGCAGAGACAAGCUAGAGAAACUGGGAUUUGUCCAGUAAGGCGAGAGCUGUAUUCACAGUGUUUUGAUGAACUCAUCCGCCAAGUUACAAUUAACUGUGCUGAGAGAGGUCUUCUCCUUUUGAGAGUUCGAGAUGAAAUUAGAAUGACUAUAGCAGCCUACCAAACCCUUUAUGAAAGUAGUGUUGCUUUUGGUAUGCGAAAAGCUCUGCAAGCUGAGCAGGGCAAGGCUGACAUGGAGAAGAGGAUCUCAGAGCUAGAGAGUGAGAAACGAGACUUGGAAAGACAAGUGAAUGAACUAAAAGCAAAGUGUGAGCAGAUAGAGAAACGUGCACAAGAACAGAGACAAGUUGAGGAAAAGAAACAUACAGAAGAAAUUCAAUUUUUGAAACGAACAAACCAACAGCUUAAGACUCAGCUAGAAGGAAUCAUCGCACCGAAGAAAUAAAUAACAACAGUGGUGAAGAGAAUAGUAACAGCAGACGCAGUGUUGUCCAGUACCAAGAAGAGGAACUCCAGUAUGAAAACAGACAAGAUUUCUUGUCCAGUAAUUUUGAUUUUGAGUUUGAUGAUGACAUUGAAGAUGACAUUUUAUCUAUUUGAGCAUAUUAUUUCAAGGUUCAAUUACCUUGUGGUGUGAAGUGUUGAUCACUGUUUUUAUAAACAAAUAGUAAAACCUUUUUAGCUUGUAAGAAAUAUAACAUCAAAAUAAAAAUUAAAAAAAGAGUUCAAUGUCAUUUUGAAAAUUGUUUAUACAUGUCAACAUUACUCCAUUUAGUUGAUAAUUAUGCAUAUUGUUGCUAUGUUUUUAUUUAUUUUUUUCACAUUUAUUUUUAAUCCAACUUUAUUUUCUUUAUCAUUAUAUCAAGAAAAUUUUAGGAGAAAAUAGAAGUCACAAAAUUUAAAAUGUUUAAAAUUUAAAAUUCACAUGUCCUUUCAAACUAUAUGUACUUAAAAAAAAAUAUUUCUCUGUGAUAUUCAUAAAUACUUGUAAAAAUAAAAUAAAACAUGCCAUUAUUUGCAUCA